CACGCCGCGGCCGCUGCCGCCGCCGCCGCCUCCAUGGGGAUGGAAUCCUCGGACUUGGUAGCGGUGGCGCACUACCAGGCGCAACAGCUCCAGCGGCAAUUGUUGGCCGAGCAGUCGGGUCCAGCAGGCACGAUGCUGCCGCCGGCUGCUCAGCCUACUGGUGGAGGCAUGACGCAGCCGCUCCAGCAAGGUCAACACGCCGCGGCAGCCGCAGCCGCAGCAGCAGCCGCCGCCGCAGCCGCCGCCCCGCAAUCUCAGGGCCAAGACCCGCUGCAGAGCUUGAUGCAGCAGCUGAUCUGUCUACAACAGAUCGAGUACUUCCUAGCCCAGCGUGGUCACAAGUGAUAUACAUAUAUGUAUAUGUAUAUAUAUAUAGAAACAGAGAG